UAGUACACACUUACAAAAACAAUAAUAACAAUAAAAGUAAAUGUCAAUGAAUAAUUUUCCAGUGAAAUGGUGGGCUUUAAAUAAUAAAAGAACUUGUAAGUCUGGAAAUAUUUAACAGCUGAAAGAUAUACCGGAAGUGAGCGAAAAUUUUUGUUGUACGAACAGUCGAAUGUAAUAAUGGAUGUGUUCCACCCGAUAACAACACAAUGAGACAGAAUAAUAAGUGAUGGAUCCAGGGAAUUGAGAUAAAUACUUGAAGCAAUACUUGACACGGUAGAAAAUACAUUGAGAAUCAAUUUAAUGACCUAUUCUCGGUGUCAGUGUUGGUUAUGAAUGUGUGAAGGGGUGCCUGGGGGCGGGCGAUGAAGUCAGGCCAACAUUCCUGACAUUUUGGUCGAUGUGAAAGUGAACAGUUAACAAAACGAUAAAGACCAAAUGAUUAAAACGAUGAACCGGUUGAAUUCUGAUAGGAGGCUUAUGGGCUCCAGUACGGCUCUGGCUUUCAACAGAGAAAAUUCUCUUCAACCGCAUUGGGACUACCGAUACUUAACUUGAUUAUUUUUUUUAAGAAAAUUUUAAAAACAAGAAGACAAUUUUGAGGAAAAGUUUUCCCAUCAACCAAUCGAUACCAUUUAUCAAAGACUUGUCAAAAAGUCAGGUGGAAGUAAACUUUUAAGUUCGAAAAUAGAAAUAUGGAAGUGGAAGGAAUUCGUAUGCAAUUAAAAACGUACCAUCAGGAUCACCUCCUGGACUUCUGGGAUGAGCUGACCGACCUCGAGAAGAAGGAACUCGCCGAUGACAUCUCCAGCGUGGACCUGGCAGAGACGAAUUCCUAUUUUCAACGUGCCAAUGACUCGUUGAAGAACAACAACAAGAUCCUGGAUCACGAGAUGAGUCCCAUAAACAGCGAGAGGUGUGGGAUCCUAAACCAGUGCUCUGAGGAACAGCUGAGGGGCUACGAAAAAAAAGGACUGAGGGAGAUCGCCGAGGGGAGGGUAGCAGUCGUACUGAUGGCUGGGGGACAGGGGACUCGGCUCGGAGUGACUUACCCCAAGGGAAUGUAUGAGGUGGGGCUGCCCUCGAAGAAGACUCUCUUUCAACUCCAAGCUGAGAGGAUUCGGAGACUGGAAUUCAUUGCUGAAGAGACGUGUGGAAAGAGGGGAGGCAUCACUUGGUAUAUUCUCACGAGUGAAGCAACAGAUAAAAUGACGAAUGACUUUUUAAACCAUCACAACUAUUUUGGUCUGGUGAAAGAAAACGUGAAAACAUUCAAGCAGUGCAUGAUUCCCUGCUACGAUUUCGAUGGUAAAAUUCUUUUGGAUGCUAAACACAAAAUUUCGAGGGCUCCUGAUGGCAAUGGAGGCCUCUACAGAGCUCUCCACCAAUCAGGAAUGCUGGAUGAUAUGAGAAAGAGAGCAAUUCGAAGUAUUCACGCUCACUCAGUUGAUAAUAUUCUAAUUAAAGUGGCGGAUCCUUAUUUCGUGGGCUAUUGCCUUGAUAAGGGAGCUGACUGUGGUGUUCUAGUGGUGGAGAAGACUGAACCAACUGAAGCUGUUGGCGUUGUAUCUCAGGUGCACGGCCUCUACAGAGUCGUGGAAUACUCUGAGAUUCCAAAAACCACUUCGGAACUUCGUCGCGCAGACGGAAGACUUCUUUUCAACGCUGGUAACGUCUGCAAUCACUAUUUCACUGUUGACUUUCUCGUGAAGAUUUCCGAGUGUCACGAAAAGGAUCUGGACCUCCAUUUGGCCAAGAAAAAAAUCCCUUUCGUGGACGAGAAGGGAGAGAGACAGGUGCCAGCCAGCCCCAAUGGCAUUAAAGUCGAGAAAUUUGUUUUCGAUGUCUUCAAAUACUCGAGGAAUUUUGCUGCUUGGGAGGUGCCCAGGGACAGCCAUUUCAGUCCUCUAAAGAAUUCUAAUUCUGUGGGACAGGAUUGUCCAGCAACAGCCAAGAGAGAUGUUCUGGCUCUUCACAAGAAGUGGCUACUUAAAGCUGGUGUUACAUCGGUUAUGGGGGAGGUGGAAGUAUCCCCUUUAAGGUCCUACAUGGGAGAGAACCUCAAAGGUUUAGAUGAUGUUAUUCAGGGGCCUGUAGUGGUGGAAUAAACCCUUAUGAAUAAUCCAUGUUUUUAUUAGUUCUUUUAUUUGAUGCAUAAGACAUUCCAGAGGAGGUUAUCCCCAGCAGACUACACCACAAUUGUACAAAAAGUUGUAAAUUCAAGAAUUUUAUGAUAGGAAGGCACAUUUUAUUGUGUCUCCCCAAUAUUUUGUACAUUUCUCCCGUUCCUUUAACAGUAAAUUGUGAAAGAAAAAAAUUAUUCUUGACGAACAAAUGAAAAAAAAACUUGUAAUUUAAUAAAGAAAGUUGUUAAAAAGAAAA